AUGGCAAUUAAGAAAGAAGUGGAUGAGAUUAAAGCCAGGAUUUGGUGGAGCGACGAGGUGGCGUUGAUGAAGAAGGAUGGAAAGGAGAGGCUGAAGGUGAACGAGAUGUUAAUGGCGCUACUUUUCGUGUUGGAUUCAGUUCUCUCCGUGGAUUCCGGGGUCAGGAAUCUUAGGAAGGCCGUGAUUAGGAAGGUAAUUGCCCUGCAAGAAAGAGUGGAUGCCGUUGCUGCUACUGCUGCAUCAGCUGAUAUAGAUCGAAUUCAACCUGAACCCGAUACCUUAGCUAAGGAGGAGAAGGAUCAUCAAGCACGAGAUCAGGCCCUCGUGAUUCAACAUGUAGCUGCUGCUGGUGCAAAUUCUAGUAAUUCUGAGGGUCGACCUCCUGAGAUUCAAGAUUUAGCUGAUGGUGCUGUAGGAAAUUCGGUUCAAAAAGUUCAUUUUUCUGUGGUUCAAGUUCCUCAAAGUUCUGAUGUUGUUGAUUUUGAGAACAAUGGAUCUGCUCAAGGCGUUGACAGAGGAGAUGACGUUAGAGCUGAUUCAGAGAUGAAGGCCAAGGACUGUGUCGAGGAUGCGGAGGAGUUUGGAAUUGAUCCGAAAAUGAAGGUGGACGGGGAGGCCUGUCUUGACGAAGUCACGCUUCUUGACAUUGUUGAAAACAAGGGUAGCUCAGAGGCGCGAGUUGUCGAAUCACUGACGGAGGACAAGGAGGCCCAAGUUUUUGAUUCAGUGAUGGAGAAUGAUGGGGAAGUCGAAGACAUGCGUGAAAAGACUCCUGCUUUCAGUGAAUGUGUGGAGAAAGCGUGGAGGCGAGUCAAAUGGAGGUUGGCAUUGGAGGAGAAGAGGAUAAUGGAGGAGGAAAUUCCAGAGUAG